AUGGCUAUUGCUGCAGCGGUUGUCGUCGUGCCAUUGGGUCUACUCUUCUUCGCUUCCGGCCUACUUGUCAAUCUCAUUCAGAUUCAUACCUGCAUAUCAGCGUGUAAAUGGGAGGUUCCACCAACAUCUGGGGACUCUCUUAAAUUCAUACAGGAGUUUUCUACAUACGGACUGGAAGAAGCGAUAUGCUAUGUUGUUGUAAGGCCGGUGUCCAAGAAUUUGUACCGACGGAUCAACCGGCUUGUUGCUGAACUGUUGUGGCUGGAACUUGUAUGGCUUAUUGAUUGGUGGGCAGGAGUUAAGGUCCAAAUAUUCACAGAUCAUGAGACCUUUCACUUAAUGGGUAAAGAGCAUGCGCUUGUGAUAAGCAAUCACAAAAGUGAUAUUGAUUGGCUUGUUGGAUGGGUUUCAGCUCAGCGUUCAGGUUGUCUUGGCAGCACUUUAGCUGUGAUGAAGAAAUCUUCAAAACUUCUGCCGGUCAUUGGCUGGUCAAUGUGGUUUUCUGAGUAUCUUUUUCUGGAGAGAAGUUGGGCCAAGGAUGAAAGCACGUUAAGGUCAGGUAUCCAACGGCUGAGUGAUUUUCCUCUUCCCUUUUGGUUGGCUCUCUUUGUAGAAGGAACACGCUUUACACAGGCCAAACUAUUAGCUGCUCAGGAAUAUGCAACUUCCACUGGAUUGCCUGUUCCUAGAAAUGUUUUAAUUCCAAGAACUAAGGGUUUUGUUUCUGCAGUAAGUCAUAUGCGCUCAUUUGUUCCUGCCAUUUAUGACGUAACAGUAGCUAUCCCUAAGAGUUCCCCUGCACCUACAAUGCUAAGACUCUUCAAGGGGCAACCUUCAGUGGUGCAUGUUCAUAUCAAGCGGCAUUUGAUGAAGGGAUUGCCAGAAAAAGAUGAGGCCGUUGCUCAAUGGUGUCGAGAUAUAUUUGUGGGCAAGGAUGCUCUGUUAGACAAACAUAUGGCUGAGGAUACUUUUAGUGACAAAGAGCUGCAGGAGACUGGUCGACCGAUGAAGUCUCUUCUGGUAGUUAUAUCUUGGGCCUGUCUGCUUGUUGCCGGGUCUGUAAAGUUCCUACAUUGGUCUUCGCUACUAUCUUCCUGGAAGGGUGUUGCAUUUUCAGCAUUUGGAUUGGCAGUUGUUACUGCACUUAUGCAAAUUAUGAUUCAAUUCUCACAGUCGGAGCGUUCAAACCCUACCAAGAUCGCCCCUGCUCAGUCAAAACACAAGGGAGAAGAACUAGAGGCUUUGAAUGACAAGCAAAAGUAG